CUGGUGAUCAAUUGGCAUUCUAGCUCUCUAUAGGGGCGGAUGCAUCGUGGGGCGGAUGGAUCAGCCAGCUUUCUCUCGACGUUAGUGAAGGUUAAACCGGCCACGUUUAAGCAAGGCGGGUCUGCCAGUCUGCCUCUCUGCCACGGUCUGGGAGCGAGUCUAAUGCCCUCCGCAUGAGCUCUUUUUCCAAUCUCUACGCGCGGGUGAAAAGCGGCGAGAAGAAUGUGGCACGCCCGUAUGUCAAGCCUGCUCUAGAGCACGCGGUGUGCAAACGAUGCAGUGCAAAGAUUGUUAGGGAGCUCGAUUCGAUCGAGGCACAUGAAGCUGAGUGUAGACGCAAGAUCGACAAUGGCAUUGGUCCCGCCAUCUGGACCAUGGAGGAACAAAAAGAUUCUCCUAUGAGAUCCAGAGAGGAUGUCAACUCUGUCCCCGUCUAGCAAAAGAGGGACGGGAACUGUUUGCUCAUGUAAUUGCAGCAUCUACCGAUACCGAUCAGCUAGAUCGUCUCGGGCGAGUAGCCUCACGCCACGGCGUUCGCAAACAGCCCGAGGCUUCCAAUGUGAUCAUCGGGUGGCAACGGUACAGCGUGGACUUUGGGAAAGNGGCGUAUGGGCUUGGAAUUUGAGUACGACACACGUGAAAUUCGGCGACUAGUCGUCACCU